AUGAAAAGCCGACACUCGCCUGCAAGUGUCCUGCUGCUUCUAAGGAGCUGUUGCUUUGGAAAUAUGGGCGCUGGCGUGAAUCGCUUGCACCUCGAGGAAGCUCAGGCUCAAUUCGGUUUGCCCGCGAGCCGAUCGUCAGGAUCCAAGGCUGCGAGCUUUGCAAGUUCAUCCCACAAGAACACCCCGACCCCGACAGCUGUGAAGCCGAAUUCCUUAAACAAUCCUGGAGCUGGGCAAAGCGAACCAGGCGCGUUUGGCGACAGCAGGACCGAUCGCUGGCUUAACGAGGUGAAGUCUGCAGGUCGGAUAAAGCGAACGGUCACUUUCCCAGUUGGUGACUGGUUCCUGGGUGUUGGAGAUGGGGGCAUCGGCAGGGACAAGGAUAAUCCUGCAGGUGGCGCACUCAUCAUGAAAGGUUCGUUGUCGGACUUUGACGAGGAUGACCGUCCUCCCCAGUGGGAGACCAUGACCUCCGCCACGCAAGACCAGGAUGAAGCUGCAUUCCUUGGAGAAGGUGUCUCCCAGACAAAGGUAGACAGGAAGGACGACAAGAAGGCCAUGUUGGGGAGCCUUGGCUUGGACCCAUCAAGUGACGAGUUUAAGCAGUCGCGCGAGCCUCCGCCCGGUGGCUGGACCAACAAUGCAAGAGCCGGUGUGCAGCCAUUGCCAGAGAGAGGUUAUGGAGGAGAACUUCAGCUCCUGGAAGACCACAGGUCGCAGACUCUGACUUUCAGUGACCUGACAGACAGUUCACGCUUCACCUGUCAGCAAAAUGCCUGGGGUCCUGGUCCCGGCGGGCCGGCACCGGCUCCAACGCUCAAGGGCUACCCCCAUCCACAGUUGGAGCUUGAUCAUCCAGAGGGCUUCGUGCAUGUCCAUCUGGAAGACAAGUCUGCCGGCCCUACUCCGCAUGUCCUCUGGGAUGCUGCCUACGAUAUGGGUGGGACCGAGGUCUUGAAAGCGGCCGCGGCAGCCAUGUGGGGGCAGCGGCCCAACAUGGAGCUCAUUUGUCCGCCGAAGAAUGGGCCUCCACAUUGGUUCGAGUUGACACUUUCCCGCGAGUCCAACGUCAGGAGGCGCCCCUACAUGAUGCAAGACUUCAUCGCGUCGCAAGUUAUCUCGGCGUACAGGCCUGAUCACGACCCCCAGCUGGAUGCGUUCUCGCUGGCCAUGGAUUGA